AUUCUUUUACAAGAUCAUCUUUCGAACUUUCGUCUUCUCAGCCUUGGAUUCCGCAUCUAUCGAGAGCAUUCGGCAUGCAUGAACAGAAUUCGCGACCUUCUUCCCAUCUGACAAACUCUGACGAUUUGAGCACGUAGCACGCAGCUUUAUUCCCUGUUUGUUGAGCGGCAGCUUUCAUCGUUGGAGCAAAACUCUCAAGACAUUCAACCGCACGCCAACUCAAACGCAGCAAGGAUCAAUCAUGUUUGGAAUUUUCCAGAGGUUCGCUUGAUCUCUCCUUCUUUUCUUACACACGUCCUCUUAUAGUUUUCGUAAGAAGCUUCUUCUUCCAUUCAUUCAUUCAUCACUCGAUCCAUCUUCAGCCAGCCAGCAUUAUUGGAUAGAACUCUCGGAUGGAUGAGCUAGGAGAAGAAUAUGUGGCUGGGAGGAUGCGACAAACGACACCCGCAAGAGCUGUUAAAGGCCGCGCCAAACGAAGAAGCUGGCUGGUCUCCUUUUGAUCGUUCGUCUGCCAAUCCUCCAAGAGCUAAGAAUUGGACACUCCAACUUAUUUCGCGUUCGUUACUGCAUCGCAUUUGGAAGAGUUCCUUUUAUCGGCAACGCUCGCGAGCGAGACGUAUUCACUGGGCAGUGAUGGACAGCUACAGUUACUCUGUGCGAGGAAAGAUCACAGGAAAAAAGAGAGAGAGCUCUCCGGACAACAGGUAGUCUCGAAUCCAAACAAAUUUUGCUGAUGGAAUCAGGGAGAGGAUAAUGCUGCUGACUUUGAGGAAGAAUCACACCAAAACUGUGACACUCUGCCUGGCCCUCUUCACGCAAAGUUGACGAGCGAGCAAGCGAGCGCAUCGAAUCCUCCUCUGGUUGCUGCUGCCACUCUCUCCCAAUGCGUGACGAAAGAAAGGUCUACAAUCAUAGAGACGAGUCGUGCGAUUGCUUCCCAAUAAAAGUUUGUAACCAUAGCCAUCAAUCAGCGCCAAGUACAAUACUAGAAUUAAUUUGAUUGAGCUCACAAAGAUUUUCACUCUUUUUUACAUUCUUUUCAAUGUUUGAUCAAUGUUUGGUGGACCUAACAUGUAUAUUGUCAAUAAAUUCCCAUCCAUUUUCCGCCUUUUGGAAAAAUCAAAUCGAUCACGCCACACCAUGUGGUGCUCCUCUUGGGCUUUCGCCAUCGCCGGCUCCACCAAAGGUUAGUAGCGACCGACUCUCCACGACACGUCAGCUUCCCGGCCAUCCACGUCAGGGUCAAGAUCUAGUCCACGUCAGUUCAGCUUUACCCAGUGUCAGUCUGCCACGUGGGCACGCCCGGACCAAAGUCUUUAUAAGGGCAGCUCGUUUCCGGUAGGACGAUAGGCACCAUACAAGCCGGCCGCCCGUCACGCUCUGUUAUCAACCCGUCAAGCCAUUCUUUGUUCCAAGUAGUUCUUUUUUCUUUGGCUCUGGGCCUAGCCUGCAAAAAGAGCGCACAAAGGAAGAUUCAAAGGCACCAGCUACGAGGAAGAAAGCGAAGGAAGAAGAAAAGAAAGAGAGAGCAUGAGUUUCGAGAUGAGAUACCACAGUCCGCAUUUCUCCAGUAGAGCUCAGUCAGUCCAGUCGGAUCGAAGAUAGCUAGCGUGUUGCAUUUUCCAUAGUUUGAUUCGUGUUAGCAAAGAAAGAGAGAAACGAGAAAAGCUCGCACAUACCUCCCAUUUUUUAAAUUUUUUUUUGCGUUCCUGAUUUAAAGGAUCGAUUGCUUCGUUUCUUCCUGCUGCUUUCGCGAUGGCCAAGGCGAGCUUUUGCAGCCCCUGGAUCCUGCUGCUGCUGCUCGAGGUGGCGCUCUUGACGCACCAAGUUGUGGCGGGACAAGCACCGUAUGCAUGCGACCAGCGCAAUGCGACGCUGCUCCAGUUUGGAUUCUGCAACACCAGGCUGCCGACGAGCACUCGCGUCGAGGACCUCAUCUCGCGCAUGACGCUCCAGGAGAAGAUAAUUCAGCUCGUCAACAAUGCCGCCGGAAUUCCCAGGCUGGGACUCCCCCGGUACGAGUGGUGGCAAGAGGCGCUCCACGGAGUUGCAGUCAGCCCCGGCGUCAAGUUUGGAGGCAAAUUCCCUGGAGCUACCAGCUUUCCGAUGCCAAUUCUCACCGCAGCCUCCUUUGAUGUCAAUCUCUUCCUCAAAAUCGGCCAGGCCGUGUCCACCGAAGCCCGAGCGAUGCACAACUAUCAGCGAGCCGGCCUCACGUACUGGAGCCCGAAUGUAAACAUCUACCGCGACCCGAGAUGGGGCCGAGGCCAGGAGACGCCAGGCGAGGACCCACUCCUGUCGAGCAAGUAUGCCACGUUCUACGUGCGAGGCCUCCAGGAUACAAACCUCGGCGGUGACAAGCUCAAAGUCUCGGCUUGCUGCAAGCAUAUGACAGCUUACGACGUUGACAACUGGAAGGGCACCACCCGCUUCAAAUUCAAUGCCAUUGUGACCCAGCAGGACUUAUCAGACACGUACAACCCGCCCUUCCAAAGCUGCGUCGAGGAUGCCAAAGUCAGUAGCGUGAUGUGCUCGUACAACCGGGUGAACGGGGUGCCGACAUGCGCUGACUAUAAUCUCCUUAGUGCCACAGUGAGAAGCAGCUGGAACCUGAACGGCUACAUCGUGUCUGACUGUGACUCGCUCCAAACUUUCUUCGACAACACCAACUAUGCCAAGACUGCUGAAGAUGUCGUAGCGGAUGCUCUGCUAGCCGGAUUGAAUCUCGAUUGUGGUCCCUUCCUGGCCAUCCACACGCAGUCUGCAAUCACCAAUGGAAAAAUUACCGAGGCCAAUGUGAACCAAGCACUUCGAUACCUUUACAACGUGCAGAUGCGGCUGGGACUCUACGAUGGAAAUCCACGAUCCCAACCUUACGGAAAUCUUGGACCACAGAGCGUGUGCACCGGAGAGAACCAACAAUUGGCUCUAGAUGCAGCCAAAGAGGGGAUCGUGCUCUUGAAAAACAACGGUAACGUCCUCCCUUUCUCGAAGUCCAAUAUCAGGACCGUAGCAGCAAUUGGGCCUCAUGCAAAGGCAACACGGGCCAUGAUCGGAAACUAUCAAGGAAUACCUUGCAAGUAUACCACGCCUCACGACGGACUCAGUGCCUAUGCCAGAGUAGUAUACUCUGCCGGUUGUUCAGAUGUGGCGUGCUAUUCGAACAGCUUGAUCGGCUCCGCGGCUUCAACAGCGUCCCAAGCAGAUGCGGUGGUACUGUUUGUCGGUCUGGAUUUAAACCAGGAAGCCGAAGGCAAGGAUAGAACAAGCCUUCUCCUCCCUGGAAAACAGCAAGAGCUCGUCACCGAAGUCACGAAAGCAGCAAAAGGACCUGUUGUUCUAGUUAUCUUCUCCGGCGGCUCGGUCGACGUGAGCUUUGCAAAGUAUGAUAAAAAGGUGCAAGGCAUGCUCUGGGCUGGAUAUCCUGGAGAAGCUGGUGGAGCAGCCAUCGCCCAAGUCCUGUUUGGAGAUCACAAUCCAGGUGGAAGGCUUCCUGUGACAUGGUACCCGGAAAGCUUCACAGGAAUCACAAUGCUCGACAUGAAUAUGCGGCCGGACGCUUCCAGAGGCUACCCAGGAAGAACAUACAGGUUUUACACAGGACAGUCGGUCUAUAACUUUGGCUAUGGCAAGACGUACUCUAAACUCUCGCACAAAUUCAAGGAAGCACCGCUCUCACUCGGGUUCCCGGAGGCAGCAGCGGUCAAGCGAUCUUGCGAUGGCAAUCUAACAUGCUUCCAUCUAAAUGCACACGAUGAGAUUACUUGUAGCACGCUUACCUCCAAGGUGAGAAUUCUUGUCCACAACGAGGGAGAUCGCCCGUCCAACCGUGCAGUGCUGCUCUACUCGUCGCCCCCAAACGCUGGCCGGGACGGCGCGCCGAUCCGGCAGCUCGCUGGAUUCGGGAAAGUGAGCGUUGCGCCAGGCGCCGUGGAGAACGUGGAGAUCGAGAUCGAUCCCUGCAAGCACCUGUCCCACGCGGGCGCCAAUGGCGUGAGGAUCUUGCACGGCGGCAUCCACACGCUCGCAGUCGGCAACGCGCGGCAUCCUCUCCCCAUCCUCCUCCAGUCCUAGAACCCUAAAAUAUUUGCUCCAAAACCCUACAUUCUUUGGCGUUGGCCCAACGAUCCAUUGAUCGAUACAUACAUACGAUACAAGACCAAGAAGAGAUUUUUCUCCCUGUU